AUGGGUAUCCUAUCAUACAUGAGGCCCGUCAAGGGCAAGAAAGACGGCAAGAAAGAAGAGCCUGCUGCUGAGCUCUCCGAGAAGCGACCAGUUGUGCCCUUUUCUCCUCGCGCUUCCGCCCCGUUCGGGUCACCAGGCUUUGGCACACCAGCUUCACAGACACCCGGCAGUGGCACACCAUGGGGCUCGAGACCAGCCUCGCUGUACCCAGCUGGCGAGAGCGGCAGCUCCACGGACUUCAACGACCUCAAGUGCGAUGUCAUGGUCAACUGGCUGUACCAACAACAGAUGGAGAAGCUCUGGACCGCCGGGGGACACGAUGAAGGUGUCAUGCUGAAGAAGAAUCGUGGCGCAUACACAUGCUGUCCGGCUGAUAUUGUUGAGGAGCAAUAUGGCUUCUUCCAAGCAGUACAGACGCUCAACGUGAGAUGUGCAAUGACCGUCAACACCCGAGUAAUCAAACUCUUCCUCCACAACAACGACAAGCCUUUUGUGCCGCUCAAGCACGGCCUCCGCCUGCAAGUGCUACCAGAUAUGUCCUACCUACCUCGCUGCCAGAAGCAUCAGUUCGCAGCUUUCAUCGCCGAUCGUGGUAUCUUGGUGGUAUGGGACGAUGAGCCGAAGCAUCUGCUCGACCGUGCGAACAAGAUCGAGAACUCGCUCAUGGAGAUGAUUUGGGACAACGGCUCCGACGGAGCAGACGAAAAGAAGUCCGAGAACGAGGUCAAUGUGGUCGAGGUGGGCGGUUCCGAGGACGACGUCGAGCUCGGCACUGUCGAAAAGCCACGACCGAUUGUCCUCUUCAUGCCGAUCCAGUCCAUGUUUGUCCUUGCUCUAACCGUCCUCGCCAUUGGCUCUGGAUGGAGACUCAUCGCCCUUGAGACGUUUGUCGACCACAACUACAUCCGCAUGGCUUUCAUUUUCGCUGUUCCGGCACAGAUCUGGCUCGCUCUAUUCUUCUUUCAGGCGCUCGUCGGAAACGUCUCACAGUUGGUUGGUCCGAUUUCGCAGAUGAACAAGAAUACGAAGUUCUACUCUGGACUGAAGCCUAAGCGCUUGCGCCGUGAUGUCGCCGCUCUACCUCAUGUGACCAUUCAGAUGCCCGUUUACAAAGAAGGUCUCCAGGGUGUCAUCGAGCCCACUGUUCGCUCACUCAAGGCCGCCAUCUCUACAUACGAAUUGCAAGGUGGUACCGCCAACAUCUUCGUCAACGACGAUGGUAUGCAACUCGUAUCCGAAGAGGAGGCGCGCGAGCGUCAAGACUUCUACGAUGAGAAUAACAUCGGCUGGGUCGCACGUCCCAAGCACAAUCCAAAACCCUCCGAAGGUGAAGAAGUCUUCCUUCGGCGCGGAAAGUUCAAGAAGGCCUCGAAUAUGAACUACGCUAUGUGGGUCAGCAACCGUAUCGAAGACCGUCUCAACAACAUACAACGCCACGAUACCUGGUCUCAAGAAGACGAAGCCGAAGCGUACCGACAAGCACUCUCUGCUGUGGUGGAAGAAGACCAAGGCCGCACCUGGGCUGACGGUAAUGUUCGCAUCGGCGACUACAUUCUGCUCAUCGACUCCGAUACCCGUGUCCCGACCGACUGUUUCCUCGACGCCGUCUCCGAGAUGGAGCAAUCGCCUCAAGUCGCCAUCAUCCAGUACUCCUCCGGCGUCAUGAACGUGACAGACUCUUUCUUCGAGCGCGGCAUCACCUUCUUCACCAACCUUAUCUACACUUCUAUCCGCUACGCCAUCGCUAACGGUGAUGUUGCACCUUUCGUCGGUCACAACGCAGUCCUGCGCUGGGCAGCCAUGCAAGAGAUUGCCUACGACUGCACGGAAGGCGACGAUCGCGAAAAGUACUGGUCCGAGGCUACCGUGUCUGAGGACUUCGAUAUGGCAUUGCGCUUACAAACAGUCGGCUAUCUAGUCCGCCUUGGUGCCUACCAAGGCGACGGCUUCAAAGAAGGUGUCUCACUUACGGUCUACGACGAACUCGCGCGCUGGGAGAAAUACGCCUACGGCUGCAACGAACUCGUCUUCCACCCGCUCCGCUACUGGCCCACACGCGGCCCCUUUACGAAACUCUUCCGCAACUUCAUCGGUUCCCGCAUGCCAUUGCCUUCCAAGAUCACUAUUAUGGCGUACAUCGGGACCUACUACGCCAUCGGCUCCGCCUGGAUCCUGACACUAGCCAACUACUUUCUCACAGGUUGGUUCAACGGACACCUAGAUAAAUACUACCUCGACAGUUUCAAAGUCUACUUCGCCAUUAUUAUCGUCUUCAGCGCUCUUGGUAAUCUCGCCCUAGCCGUCCUCCGCUACCGGAUAGGCGAGAAGGGACUAUUCUCUUCAAUACUCGAAAACUUCAGCUGGAUCCCGCUCCUCUCCCUUUUCCUGGGUGGUAUCAGUCUCCACGUCUCCCAGGCGUUGCUGUCGCAUAUGUUCGGCAUUGAUAUGAGCUGGGGCGCCACGAGCAAAGAGGCGGAGAACACGACGUUCUUUGAGGAGGUGCCGAAGAUUAUCAAGAAGUUCAAGUUUACUUUCAUCUUCUGCAUUGCGAGUGCGGCUAUGAUGAUUGUGCUUGCGCAGUUUGUGCCGCAGCUGUGGAGGAUCAACACUUUCAUUUCGAUUUACCCAUUCUCGACGAUCAUUUUUGGGCAUUUCUUCUUGCCUAUUGCGUUGAACCCUGGAUUGAUGAGAUUCACAUGGUAA